AUGGUGUGGGAGCAGCUACGGAGGGCGAAGCCGCUGUUUGUGAUCGCAGGGCCGAACGUGCUGCAGGGGAGAGAACAUGCUCUGAGAGUGGCAGAGAAGAUCGCCGACAUCCGAGCCAAGAGAGGUCUCGUCAUGAUCUUCAAGGCCUCGUUCGACAAGGCAAACCGAACCUCAUGGGGCAGCUACCGAGGACCAGGCCUGCAUGCGGGCCUCGAGAUCCUCAGGGACGUGAAGUCGGCAUUCGAUCUGCCCAUCAUCACCGACAUCCACGAGACCCAGCAGGCUGAGGAGGUUGCGAGUGUGGCAGAUGUGAUUCAGAUCCCUGCAUUCCUGUGCAGACAGACAGACUUGUUGGUAUCUGCAGCGAAGACAGGAAGAAUCAUUCAUAUCAAGAAGGGACAGUUUGCAUCUGCUACGGUCAUGCGAGAGGCGGCGAACAAGAUUCUUCGAGCUGGGAACGACAAGGUCAUGCUCUGCGAGCGUGGGACGAGUUUUGGAUACUCAGACCUCGUGGUUGACCCAAGGAAUCUGGUUUGGAUGAAGGAGAGCGGUCUUCCUGUGGUCUUGGACGUCACGCACAGUCUACAACAGCCUUCUGCUAACAUCGUAGAGCUUUCCAACGGGGUGAAGGUGAUGAGAGCUGAUUCGCCUCCCCCCAUGCUUGGUCGUGUCGCUCAGCCACCCUGGCAGUCAGUCGUCAGUGGAGCAUCGAGCGCGAGUAUGAUCCCGGAGCUCGGGUGCAUGGCGGCGGCUCUUGGGGUGAACGGCAUCUUCAUUGAGGUUGAUGAGGAUCCGUCCAAGGCCCCAUGCGAUGGGCAGCUGCAGUGGCCUCUCGAAAGACUAGAACCGCUCUUAGAAGCGUGGAUGCACAUUGCUAUCGCCAGAACCCUCUUGUGA